AUGCACGCGGAACAAGCGGUUGCAAAGUGCUUGGCUGGAUUCAGCAUUACGAUUGUGGCCAGCAUUUUCGUUGCCGAAUGGCUGGCUUUUCACGCCUUCACAAAGCCAACAGCUUCGUGGGCCUUGGUUUUCAAUGCCUCGUGGGUGUUAGCAAUCUGGAGCUAUCUGCAAACGGCUUUGACCAAUCCUGGCACUCCAACUUCCCCUGAGUGGGUAGAUUGGGCGCGAGCUCGCAAAGGGAGCCGCUCUUUUCAGCAAUGGCAGAAGGAUGCAGAAGAGGCAGCCUCGGCUGAUUCUAUCAUGCCCCGGGCUUGGUCUCCGGGCAAGCCUUCGUGGUGUCGCGUCUGCCGGAUGGAGCGACCUGAACGUGCGCAUCACUGCAGCUCGUGUGGGUGUUGCAUCCUGCGUAUGGACCAUCAUUGCCCAUGGGUAGGAAGCUGUGUUGGUUGGCGAAACCACAAGUACUUCCUGCUCUUGAACUGGUGGUGCUUUUGGGCGUGUUUGCUCUUCAUGGUGACAUUGACUCGGCCAGCGAUGAUGGAUGCACUGUCUGUAGCUCCCGGCAACCUGGAUCUCAACAGGCGGGCCCGACUUCUGCACAGAAGCAAGGACCAGGGCCCUGGUGUCAGACCUCUAGGAACAAACACCGAUUCAUAA